GUGAUCCUCGAGACACACAGAGUUUUACCUGGAAUAUUUCAAACGCUUCCAAUUUGUGGUGUGUGACGCGGGGUCAGGUCCGAGCCAAGGGGUUUCCAUGACGAUGAGCGAGCACCCUGGUUGGUGGACGGUACCACUGCAGGAGUUCUGUGUGUAGAAAGAGAGGAAGGGCAUGUCUUUAGCUAACUAGGGGCAGGAAUAACCUAGCAACAGGAAACCAAGAGGAAGAACUUCCUGCGAUGUCAGUGAAGGUGACCCCUGUGACCCCUGCUGGCCCCGCCCACCCCCAGCCCUGCUCUCCGCCACUCAUCGUUCUGCAGGAUAUGGAGGGGGAGACAGAGGAGAGGGGCGAGGUACACAGGUGUUUAAGGAGCUCCGUUGUGCAGGUUCCGUUCAACAUGAACAACAGCAACAGCAACGAGGAAGAGGAACAGAAGAAGAAGACAAGUAAAAAGGAGAGGAAAGAGAAAAAGGAGAGGAAAGAGAAAAAGGAGAAAGAAAAACAGGAGAAAAGGGAGAGAAAGGAACAGAAGAAGAAGGAGAAAGAGGAGAAGGAGUUGAAGGAGAAAGAGGAGAAGGAGAAGAAGGAGAAAGAGGAGAAGGCCAAAGCUGAAGCGCCUAAAGAGAUCACGGUGAUAGACCCAGCAGGUAACAUGUAUUAUAACUGGCUCCUUGUCAUCACCAUUCCUGUAAUGUACAACUGGACCCUCAUCAUAGCCAGGGCCAGUUUUGAGGAGCUCCAGACAGACUUUCUGAUCUACUGGUUCAUCAUAGACUGUGUCUCUGAUGUGGUCUACCUGGCAGAUAUGGUGUUCAGGACCAGGACAGGUUACCUGGAACAGGGUCUCCUGGUGAAGGAUCAGAAGAAGCUGAUAGAUCGCUACAUAAACAGUCUCCAGUACAAACUAGACCUGAUCUCCAUGAUCCCUACUGACAUCUUCUAUGUGUACUUCGGCCUCAACUACCCCGAGAUACGACUCAACAAGCUGUUCAGAAUCAACAGGAUGUUGGAGUUCUUUCAGAGGACAGAGACUAGGACCAACUUCCCCAACGUUCUGCGUAUCUCCAACCUCGUCAUGUACAUCGUCAUCAUCAUACACUGGAACGCUUGUCUCUACUACUCUUUCUCCAAGGCGAUUGGUUUCGGAGCUAAUAAGUUUGUGUACCCCGACACGACGGACCCUGAGUUUGGUCGUUUGGUCCGGAAAUAUGCCUACAGCAUGUACUGGUCGACCCUGACACUCACAACUAUCGGAGAGACUCCUCCCCCUGUACAGAACUCUGAGUACUUCUUCGUCGUCACAGACUUCCUGGUUGGCGUGUUGAUCUUUGCUACCAUCGUCGGUAACGUCGGUUCCAUGAUCACCAACAUGAACGCUGCCAGGGCAAACUUCCAGGCCAGGAUAGAUGCCAUCAAACAGUACAUGACUUUCAGAAAGGUCACCAAGGACCUGGAGAAGAGGGUGAUCAAGUGGUUUGACUACCUGUGGACCAAUAAGAAGGCAGUAGAUGAGAGGGAGGUGCUAAAGUUCCUUCCUGAUAAACUCAGGGCUGAGAUCGCUAUCAACGUACACCUGGACACACUGAAGAAGGUGCGUAUCUUUGCUGACUGUGAGGCUGGUCUCCUGGUAGAGUUGGUAUUGAAGCUUCAGCCUCAGGUCUACAGUCCAGGUGAUUACAUCUGUAAGAAGGGAGACAUCGGACGAGAGAUGUACAUCAUCAAGGAAGGGAAGCUGGCCGUUGUCGCCGACGACGGGAUCAAACAGUUCGUUGUCCUUAGCGACGGGAGCUACUUCGGGGAGAUCAGUAUUCUGUCCAUAAAGGGUUCCAGGGCUGGAAACAGGAGGACUGCUAACAUCAGGAGUGUUGGGUACUCUGACCUGUUCUGCCUCUCUAAAGACGACCUCAUGGAGGCCCUGUCAGAGUAUCCUGAUGCUAAAGCCAUGUUGGAGGAGAAGGGACGGCAGAUCCUGAUGAAGGACAACCUGCUGGACCUGGAGGUGGCGGCGCAGGGCCCGGACCCCAAGGACAUGGAAGAGAAGGUGGAGAGGAUGACAGCAACGCUGGAGUCCCUCCAGACGCGAUACGCCCGGCUCCUCGCCGAACACGAGGCGGGCCAGAGCAGACUGAAACGCAGAGUCACCCGGCUAGAGAAGAAAGUGGUGGCUCCAGUCCAGGAGGUCGAGGAGAUCGGGGUGGAGAUGGGUACUGUGGCAACCACAGAGUAGAAGAAAGAGUCCCGCUGUUCUGUGUUCAUUAUGUUUUUUGAGGAAGGUCUUACCCACCUACUAUAGUUGACUGACUGGAAGUCGCUCUGGGUAAGAGUGUUCGCUAAAUUACCAUAAUGUAACGAUGUCAGAGCAAGCAGAGCAACGUGGUUGGGAAAGGAUCACUAAACAACAACAGCACGUGUCAAUGGCAUCCAGGUGGUAGAGGAAUUAGAGUGACACCAAGAGUUGACUGACCUCUCAGUAUCUUGAGUGGGUUGUUCCACAGGUGACCAAAAGAGCCGUAGGGGGGGGAAACAGCAUAGUCUACUUGAUAUACAGUCUUUUCUGAAUCGGUACAAAGAGAAUGACAGAUCAGAAUAACUUUUUAUUCUUGUUGUCUUGUUCUGUCCACCAAAUAUUCACCACCACUUGAUGUAUAACCUCUAAAAGCCCCAUUAUGAAUAACCUUUAAAAGCCCCAUGAUGUAAAACCUUUAAAAGCCCCAUGAUGUAUAACCUUUAAAAAGCCCCAUGACCUUUUAAAAGCCCCAUUAUUAAUAACCUUUUAAAAGCCCCAUUAUUAAUAACCUUUUAAAAGCCCCAUUAUUAAUAUCCUUUUAAAAAGCCCCAUGAUGUAUAACCUUUUAAAAGCCCCAUUAUUAAUAACCUUUUAAAAGCCCCAUGAUGUAUAACCUUUUAAAAGCCCCAAAAUAAGCUAUUGUUCUUAUUUGUUGUUUAGAAAGUGAUUUAUUUUCUAUUAUUAUGUAAUAUAUUCUCACUACUAAAGUAUCCAAUGUCUGUAGGUGAUAUCUGAUGUAAAAUACUACUUCAUUGAUAUGUGAUAUUUGAUUUAGUAUUAUUAAUAAUAAUACCUUCUUUAUUAUGCUGCACAGUAGAAUUUAAAUCAUUUACAAACGAUCCACAACAUACAGUCGGCCUACAAACAUUUUGUAAAUUACAAACAAUAAAUUUAUUACAGUAUUUGAAGUGUCAAAAUACUUAUUGGAUAUGUUUAAUCAAUCAAUACUUAUUGGAUAUGUUUAAUCAAUCAAUACUUAUUGGAUAUGUUUAAUCAAUCAAUACUUAUUGGAUAUGUUUAAUCAAUCAAUACUUAUUGGAUAUGUUUAAUCAAUCAAUACUUAUUGGAUAUGUUUAAUCAAUCAAUACUUAUUGGAUAUGUUUAAUCAAUCAAUACUUAUUGGAUAUGUUUAAUCAAUCAAUACUUAUUGGAUAUGUUUAAUCAAUCAAUACUUAUUGGAUAUGUUUAAUCAAUCAAUACUUAUUGGAUAUGUUUAAUCAAUCAAUACUUAUUGGAUAUGUUUAAUCAAUCAAUACUUAUUGGAUAUGUUUAAUCAAUCAAUACUUAUUGGAUAUGUUUAAUCAAUCAAUACUUAUUGGAUAUGUUUAAUCAAUCAAUCUUUGAACAAUGGAUAGGUGAAUUGGUGGUUUGUUUGGAUCAAUAUGUUGUUGGAAAUAAAAGCUAGUUAUUGUAAAGUAUUGUUACCGUAGUGAUGAGCGAUGGUAAAGUAUAAAGUUGAAGCAAUAAACACAAUAAAGACAUUUUAUAAGGAAGCACUGUCUCAUUGUCAUU